GAAACUAUAGAUAGUUUAAGAAUGUUUAAGAUACAUACUGGAAAGAAGAAGAAGAAGAAGAAGAAAGGGAGAGCGAAAAGAUAAGGAAGAAAGAAACGAAAAAGAAGAAAAGCCCAAAUGAAAAUGGAAGAACAUCAAAAAAGUGCUAGACUAUCGGAGGCCAGUGGUUUUUAGAUACUGAAUCCUGGAAAGAUGUCAGUUACAUGUUGCAGCCUCCUCCCCUCUAUAUUUUUUGUGGGAUGAUUGAAAAGGCCAGACCCUCGGGCAUUCGCUCGCCAUCAGCCAGACGAGUGAUGUGUGGUAGAUCAGCUCCCAUGCCCGGGACUCGCCGCAUGCUGCUAUGUCGAGGUCGCCAACAGGUCUCUGCCUAGUGAGGGUGUGGUGGUGCAAUAAGCAAUGCACCGGACGCAUUGUGGAACAUGGUCGUGUCCAAAAGAAAGGCAAGCACUCAAUUCCUUCUGGCCCAAGAGGAGAGGCAUGUGAGAGGCAUUGUCCUCGAUUUCAAACAAACGGGACAUAACACUGUAUAUCAUUGUUCCAUGUCUUUCCCGUUGCAGAGGAGAGCCAGAUUGCUUUGCAACUACAGAGUUCACGUUUUACAUUCAAGCGUUAGACCACCCACACGAUUUGCUCCGGAAACCAAAAGAAUGGCAAGAGACGUUUACGACAACGAGCCCAUUAGAGGAAUUUGUUGAUCGGACAAGAACCUUGCAUUACAUAGUGCUCUUCACUGGUUGACUCGUUGGAGCAGGUCAAUCACCAGCAACCAGACUUGCUCUUUGUGUCGCCGUUGGAUCCAGAGUAGUCCUUGGCAUACCUUUGCUCUAUAUAGCCCAAUAGGGCACAGGCUGCCAUGGGCUGUACGAGUACAAAGCCGGCUGAGGCACCGGAGAAAUCCAAUGACAAGGGGAAAGAGACAGCCUCGACAGCCAUGGGCAGAGCACAGUUUAUCAUCGACAAUCCUGGAAAACUUUUGGACUUCUACGACCUGGACAAGAAGAAGCUUGGAGAAGGGUCUUACGGUUACGUUUGCAAGGGCAAGAACAAGGCAACCAACGCCAUCCGAGCCGUGAAAACCAUCGCCAAGGGGAAGAUGAAGAACAUCGAGCGCUUUAAGCAGGAGAUCGCCAUCAUGAAGAUGAUGGAUCAUCCUAAUAUCAUCAAGCUCUACGAAAGCUUUGAGGACUUGAGGAACAUCUACCUGGUCAUGGAGCUGUGCUCCGGCGGGGAGCUCUUCGACCGCAUCAUCGACGCUGGCAGCUUUACCGAGGUGGUUGCAGCCAUUCUCAUGCAGCAGAUCAUCCGCGCUGUCUAUUACAUGCAUCAAAACAAUGUGACACAUCGAGAUUUGAAGCCCGAGAACUUCCUCUUUACCAGCAAGGAGCCGAUCGAGAAGAACUUCUUGAAAAUCAUUGACUUCGGCCUGUCCUGCAAAUACUCAGAGGGUCAAGUCUUGGCCACCAAGGCUGGAACACCUUACUAUGUGGCACCUCAAGUGCUUCAGGGCAAAUAUGACCAGGCUGCAGAUCUUUGGAGCUGCGGUGUGAUCAUGUAUGUCCUCCUUUGUGGCUAUCCUCCCUUCUUUGGGGAGUCAGACGCCGAAGUGCUCUCCAAGGUGAAGACCGGAAGCUACAGCUUCAAUCCGGCAGACUGGAAGAACGUCUCGGAGGAUGCCAAGAGCCUCAUCCGUCAGCUGUUGAAGAUGAAUCCCAAAGAACGGUACAGCGCAGAGGCAGCUUUGAACCAUGAGUGGAUCAAGCUGAAAGCACCAAAGGCGACCAAUGUCUCGUUGCAAUCGAACUUCGUGGACAACCUUCGCCACUUCCGAUCGCAGAACAAGCUGAAGAAGGCAGCGCUCCAUAUCAUUGCUGGACAGCUGAACGAGGACCAGAUCAAGCAGCUGCGAGACGUCUUUAUGAUGAUUGAUGGCAACGGAGAUGGCUUUCUCACGGUCAAUGAACUGAAGGAAGGCCUUGCCAAGGCCGGUCUCAAAGACAUUCCCCCUGACCUGUUGCAGAUCAUGCAGGAGGUGGAUUCCGACGGCAGUGGAAAUAUCGAUUACACGGAGUUCCUUGCGGCGACCUUGGACAAGAGGAUGUACAUCCAAGAGGAUGUUUGCUGGUCAGCCUUCCGAGUAUUUGACAGGAACGGCGACGGCAAGAUCUCCAUGGAGGAAUUGCAGCAGGUGCUCUGCAGCAAUGAUGUGGAGGAAGUGGUCGGUGCUAAGGCCUUGGCGGAUUUGAUGCUGGAGGUGGACGGCAAUGGCGAUGGCUACAUUGACUUCAAGGAAUUCAUGCAGAUGAUGAGAGGUGCCGGCAAACCUGCCGAGACGACCCAGGUCGCGACACGACGUAGCGGAGCCGUCCGGAAAACUCCGGUGAGAAGGGUACGUCCGGUGAGAAGCGUCCCGGGCUGUUGCAGAGAAUUCGACAUGCAGACAUACUCCGGUUUUCCGCUGCGAAUUUCUAAUGGUUUGUUGACGUUCGCAUGUGACCGUAUCAUACCAUAUCAACAGUAAGAGUGCGCCCCUUUUCGGUUCAGGGAUCAGUAGGAGACGCACAGACACCUCCAAUCCCAAAGACACCUCCGCCUGGUUUCGGUAUUUCUGGACCAUUGUGUGAAAGAUUGGCGAAAUCAAAAAGUGCCACAUGGCCAUCCCACAGAGACAUAUGCAUCAAUAUAUACUAUCAAUAAUCUAUGUUUAAUCUAUUCUGUGUGGCCCCCGCUGAAGUGAAAUCAAGCGUCACAGCAGC